AUGCAGCUCUCUCCGCUCCUCAGAAGCAGUCUGAAACUCUCGACCCGAGUACGAAAGUACACCAUAGUCAGGACGCCGCCUGCUAAUGCCCCACGUGAAUGCCCGACUCCCCUUCUUUUCGUGUCCGCCGCGAAAUGGGAUGCCGAUUCAGCCAAAGGGAUCGACUCCCUAUCUACAGUCCUGACAUCCAAGGGCUUCACAUGCAUUCAUUCCGAUUUGUCUCCCAAGACUACUACUGAGUGUCCGACCGCUCUCAUUGACGGAUUCGUUCAUGAGCUCAAAUCCGAGUUGCGACUUUCGGGUUACGCUUCCUUCUUUCCUCCAGUCAUCUUCGGACGCGCCGGUGCAUCACUUAUCGCUCAGGCUUAUAUCUCGUCAAAUCCGGUCUCCGCGAUGAUGCUUAUGGGUAACAUUCCUGCCAAGAACGCUGAAGUGCCCAAGACACUGCUGUCUGCACCACUUGAAGAAUUCAACUUCGAGCCCAAAUUCCCAAUUUCUCUGUUGACAACUCCACAACAUAUGCAGCAUUUACUCGAACACAAUAGACUGGCCAGAGCUGGAGUCAGCAGGUACGCGGUGGACGAGUUGGAUGGCCAAGAGGCACUUUUGAAAAUCGAAGAGUGGUUGGAUAAGCUGGGAAUUUAG